AUGGCUCUAGUAACGCGGAAAAGCCCCACGACGAUGGGCUCGCGAGCAGCAGUGGUGGACCGCACGUCGCUCAGGGAGGUCGAGACGCGAUUAACUCUGGAUAUCCACCCGUCGCGGUCCGGGAAUGUAGUAGCAGGAGUGAAGGAGCAGCUGAACAACUCACUUAUGCGGUACAGCGAGCAGCACGGCGGCAUCGUGCUGGCCUAUUCCAACGUGCUGCUGUUCGGCCGCACCGCAGCCAUUCUAACCGGACUCAACCCCUACCUGCACGUCAGCCUCUCCGCGCGCCUGCUGCUCUUUGCGCCGCGACCAGGAGCCUUUCUUGAGGGCGUGGUGAACAAUGUGGGGGCGGACUUCAUCGGUCUGCUCGUGCUGGGCAUAUUCAACGCCGCUGUGCCCGACCAGUUCAUGCGCUCCUGGAAACACGUGGAGGAGGCCGCUGCUGACGACGGGGACGACGACAGCCACCAGCAGCACUGGCAGCACAAAGAGGACCCCUCCCACCGCAUUUUUGUUGGCUCUCGCAUUCGAGUGCAAGUGGACAGUGCCACAGGGGACGGCACGCUGAUGUCCAUCAGAGGGUCGCUGGACAAUCCAGAUACGGGUUGUGUGGAGUGA